ACUUUGAGCGCCAUCUCCCACCUUUCCCACCUUCCCUUCCUUUUCCUCCCUUUAAGCAAUUAGAAAUAGUGGAAUUUCCUUCAGGCACUAGUUAUUUCACUGCCUCCUUGCCUCCAGCACAGGCUAAGGGCACGUUAAGCUUUCUUUGCAUCCCAAAUUGCCACCAAACCUUGCCCCUUAUCUACUCCUCCCACCCUUGGAAGCACAACAGCGCUGAGCUGAACCCAGCUCUUGUCCCUUUUAAGCAGCAGCAUGUGAGGGUGUUCGAUGGCUGGAGACUCGGUGGUGGUGACCAGCAAACAGGGGAAAGAAUGAGAUUUAUAGAGAUGAUUAUGCAAAGGAAGUAGUGGCCCUUUUUUCCCCCCUUUCUCCUCAUCUUGUGCAAAUUACCCUAUUAUUCUGCUCCCUUAGGAUGCCUGAGUGUCCUUAUUUCUUCUUUUGAGCUAAAGUCAUCCAUGCAUUAAAUUAGUUCUCUGCCUAGAAAUAGCUUGAUUACCUUCUCCAAGCUACAGUUAAUGUGGUGUUCUCUGAGAGUUUGAAAAAGGGGGCAAAAAUGGGAGUGCAAGGAAGGAGCAGGGGCAGGAUGGAGCCUGGUAGAAGAUGGAUUUGCCUCCAGUAUGAGGUGCUGUGGGGCAGGAGAGGGGACACUGGCUGUCACCUGCAUAGUGUGACCGGAGGGAUCAGUCCCCUAUUCCCUGGAAGCAGUCACCUUUCACAAGGACCUGUGGAAUGGUGGGGCUGGACUUGGUGGCCCACUCGAUCCUGUCCAUCUCUUCCCACAGCACUGGGUGGAUAAUGGUAUUUAAACUCCUGGCUCGCUCCGAAUUGUGUCUCGAUUUCUUGUCUCUUCCAUGUUGAUGCUGUGUGGAGCUCUAACCAAAGGGAAGGAGGAAGACCAUGGUGGGAUGCCCCAUCCCAGCGUCGAGGGUCAGUCAAGAAAACUGCCAGAGCUCAGGAUGUCCCAGGAUCCCUCAAGAUCCCCGAUUUUCUUCCUUACCAGAAGUUGACCCCCCUCCUGCUUCCGAGGGAAUGGGGAAGCGGCCGUUGGAGGCUUCAUGGCUAAAGUUAUUUAUAGAGAUUAAUGGCUGUGGCUCUGGGUGCCUCCAGGAACGGAGUCACCAUAUGCUCCUGCUUCUCAGCACACACAUGUUCACCUUGCACGCACCUACGCGCUGCUGCUCACUGCUGCUUGUGGAGGUGCUUUCUCUAUCCAGUGGAGGAUGGAGGAUCCAUCACCUCACCUUGCCCAAACCCAGGCAGGACGCAGCGAUGAAGCCACCCCAGGGGACACCCAGACCUGGUUUCAUGGUGACUCCAGUCCUGGAAAACCAUUCCAGAUCCCAGUUCAUGCUGCAGCAGCUCCAGGACCACCAUCACCUCUCACUACCUGAUGCAGAAGCCUCCAGCAGGGCCAGCAGGCAGCAUGGGCUGCAGCCUCACACCGAGUCCUCUCUUUAAGGUCCAACAUCAAGUAUCCAGAGGGGAAAAACCACCCUGGCGAUGAGGGGAAGUGCAAACCAGGUUGUGAUGCUGCAGGAGAAGGCACAGGCAUGCCCAUGGUGAGAUCUCCACGUGCUGCAGAGCUGAUGCUUUUCUAAGGUCAGUUUAUAAUUGAGUUAGAUGUUGUCUCUGUCUCUGUUCAUAAAAACUAUUCUUGGACAGGCCUCUGAAGCUGAAACUGCCAUAAAUGCUAUGUUACAUCUUUAAACAAAUCAGUCAAGUGCAGAGCAGGCCACAGAGUUAGGGAUACGCUUAAAUCUGGAGUCAGUGAGGCAGAAGGACCUGCUUGAAGUUAAGCAUGAGCUUAACUGCUCUUUGGGAUGGCCCAAGUUUGCUGAAUCCAGCCCUGCAGAGAGCUUUUUUAAUCUAGUUUGUUGCACAUUGUGUGUAACAGGCAACUUCUUUCCUCUGAACCAACAAGUAAUUAUUAGCAAUGUUCUUUAGCAGUAGCAUAAGAGACACCGGUGGUGCUCUGCGGUGGUGUCUGUUCCAGCUGUACUUGCAAGGUCACUGGCAUUUUGCUCCCUAUAUAUAAGUGGUCAACUAAGGCAGAACGGGGGCUGCGGUUCAGACACCUCUUUUAGAGCCAUCUCCCACAGAGGUGUGUUGGAGUGGGACCAACACAGCAGCCAGAAACCCAAGAGGGGCCAGAGCAUCAUCCCUCUCCUCCAUCGCUUGUCCUGCACUCCUGGGCUGCUCCUGUUGGUAACUCCAGCAGUGUCCCAGGUCUGAGGGCAGUGUUGUGGUGUUGUCUGGGGAUGCUCAGGCAGCAGGGGUGUAGCAGAGCCAAUGUCCCACCUGGGGCUGCAAUGACAGCCUCAUCCUUCACCACUGGGGAUGUUCAUCCUCA